AUGCAAUCCGGUUUGCGCUUUGGGGCUUCGAUCCUUACCCAGCAGAAGAAUCAUUUCUUUGCAAGCUCGUUGACGCAAAGAUUCCUUUCUUCUGCUGCAUCCAAUCAGAAUCCCAAGGUGUUCUUUGAUUGUAGCAUCAAUGGAGCACCUGCGGGCAGGGUUGUGUUCGAGCUCUUCGCUGACAAGACACCAAAGACCUGCGAGAACUUUCGCCAGCUUUGCACUGGAGAGGCAAAAGGCCUUGCAGGCUACAAAGGCUGCUCCUUCCACCGCAUCAUUCCCGGGUUCAUGAUCCAGGGAGGAGACUUCACAAAUCACAACGGAACAGGCGGAAUGUCCAUCUACGGCUCCACCUUCCCCGAUGAGGCCUUUGCCUUUGCGCAUUCGUCUCCUGGCCUGCUCUCCAUGGCAAACAGGGGCCCCGACACGAACGGAUCCCAGUUCUUCAUCACCACCGUGCCAACACCAUGGCUGGACGGUCGUCAUGUCAUCUUCGGAAAGGUGAUUGAGGGUAUGGAUGUUGUGAAGAGUUUGGAAGCUAAGGGCACCUCAAGCGGGCAGCCAUCUGCUGAAUGCAAGAUUGAUGACUGCGGUCAGCUUCCUUAA